AGUGAUGCCUGGAAAGUGAGAGGAUCCUCUGAGCUUAAUGCGGACGGACGCAGCGUGAGGACGACAGGGAUGCUGAUCCCAAAGGUCUUUUAGAACAUCACAGAGGGUUGGAUAUCUUGCGUUUGGCCCCUGGAGUUUCUCUUUGUGUGUUUUACUUUCACCGUCUUACCUGGAGUUCAAAGUUUUGGAAGAGCCACAUUUAUGGAUUACUGAGAGGACAGGGGGCACACAGCUCACGAUGGCCGUGGCUUUAGACGCAGUGUGGGUGAGGGUCAAGAAUGUCCUCAAACAGAACGGUCUCCUCAUCCUGUCCGUGUUGGCUGUGGUCAUCGGGUGUCUUCUGGGGUUCUUCCUGAGAACACGACGUCUCUCAGAGCAGGAGGUGAAGUACUUCCAGUUUCCUGGUGAACUCCUAAUGAGGAUGCUGAAGAUGCUCAUUUUGCCGCUUGUCGUGUCCAGCCUGAUGUCUGGACUGGCGGCUCUCGAUGCCAAGUGCUCCAGCCGGCUCGGCCUGAUCACCGUGUCGUAUUAUCUCUGGACCACGUUUGUGGCUGUGAUCAUAGGGAUCAUGAUGGUGUCCAUCAUCCACCCAGGCGGAGCGGCCCAGAAGGAGGACUCUGAGGACAGCGGCAAGCACAUCAUGAGUUCUGCCGAUGCUCUGCUGGAUCUAAUCCGAAAUAUGUUCCCAUCAAAUCUGGUCCAGGCCACUUUUCAGCAGUACCAAACACGGAGCCAGCUCAUCAUGAAGCCGAAGCCGACGGUGAGUCAGGCCCAGUCAGAGUCCACCACGCGGCGGCCGCUCAUCUACGGCAUCCAGGACGAUAACGGCAGCGACAUCCAGAACUUUGCUCUUGACCUCACCCCGCCUCCGGACGUGCUGGUGCGCACUCGUGAAGGAACGAGUGACGGAAUGAACGUCCUCGGGAUCGUUAUCUUCUCGGCCACCAUGGGCAUCAUGUUAGGAAGAAUGGGCCCCAAUGGAAGCGCCUUGGUCAACUUCUGCCAAAGUCUCAAUGAAGCGGUUCUUAGAAUUGUGGCCAUUGUCAUAUGGUACUUUCCAUUCGGCAUUGUUUUCCUGGUGGCUGGUAAAAUCCUGGAGAUGAGUGAUCCCUCUGCAAUGGGGAAGAAGCUGGGGUUUUAUGCCAUCACCGUGGUGUUUGGUUUGGUGUUGCACGGCUUGUUCAUCCUGCCUGCCAUGUACUUCUUCAUCACCAAAAAGAGCCCCAUCGUUUACAUCCGGGGAAUCCUGCAAGCCUUGCUUAUAGCCCUGGCCACUUCCUCCAGUUCUGCCACUUUGCCUAUAACCUUCAAGUGCCUCUUAGAGAACAAUCACAUUGACCGGCGCAUCAUCCGAUUUGUGCUCCCAGUGGGCGCCACCAUCAAUAUGGACGGCACUGCCCUUUAUGAAGCUGUGGCGGCCAUCUUCAUUGCACAAGUUAAUAAUUAUGAGCUGGAUUUUGGCCAGAUCAUCACUAUCAGCAUCACAGCGACUGCAGCAAGCAUCGGAGCAGCAGGAAUACCACAAGCUGGACUGGUCACCAUGGUAAUUGUGUUGACAUCUGUUGGAUUGCCCACUGAUGACAUCACCCUCAUCAUUGCAGUGGACUGGGCACUGGACAGAUUCCGAACGAUGGUAAAUGUAAUGGGGGACGCUUUGGCCACAGGCAUCAUGGCACACAUCUGCAGGAAAGAUUUCAUGAAAGAGGGAGAUGGGGUACCUCUGGUCUGUGAGGCUAAAAUCCCAGUGAAUCCCCCACCUACAAUGAACUGCCACAACAACAAUGGGAACGUUCGACCGCAUUCCUCAGGAGUCAAACACAAGCUCAUCCCGCCUGAUGUUGCUCGACUAAUGCAGCUUGAGGAAGGUGUUCAGCAGAUUUCAGACAAAAAGAAACCUCCAAUUCCUCCAAGAUAUCUGAAGAAGAGCAAACAACACUGCACUAUUGACAUGAAUGGCCUUGAGACCAAUGUAUAGCCUCUGAGUGCAAUUUCAUUUGACAUUAUUGUAUUUGGACAGAUGGAUGCCCAGAAGCAAAGGAAACUGGUAAAGGCAUCAAUAUUGUAUUUUAUAUCCUGCGGUACCAAAAUCUAUCUAUCUACCUAUCUGUCUAUCUAGCUAUCCAGCUAGCUAGCAAUCUGUCUUUCUAACCAGCUAGCUAGCUUGUUGUAUACUGCAGCACUGGUCACGCCAAAAGAAAUGACAAAAGUUGUACUUUUACUUAAAGGUCAGAAUUUGUGAGCAGUAGACACUGGCCAGAGUCACACCUUGGAAAACAUGAAAAAAUUGGCUGGAAAGUUUUUAUGUGGAGAAAAGGUCUAGUCCACUGGCACCGAUAUGGUUUAGUUGAGAAUAAAUUGAUAUAAGUUUCACCCAAAUUACACGCUGUGUGUGAUGAAUGGAGUUUGUUUUCCAGCUGUGAUAGUUUUUGUUUUGUUUUGUUUUUUAAUUCAGACUCUGUCGGGUUUUAAAACCUCUUAUUCUCAUUUCUUCAUUGCGAGGAAGAGGACUGCAAAGCUGUUUCUCUCCAUUGCCACUAUGUUUAAGCAUUGUUUUUCUGACCCAGGACUGGUUUUCAUGCUCACACAAGACGUCGCUUCUUGUUCCUCUCAAUUUACAGAUUCCUUAGCGACGAGAUGGUCCCGCUCACACAGUGAAAACAUGUUUACAAUACAAUGACGUAAAGAAAAUUACAAUGACUGGUUGGAGCACAUUGUGAGGUAACUUGUCUCUGCCCCGGAGUCAGAUAUUGACUGAUGCAAUUGUAUAUUCAGUUAAGAUAGUCCAGUCACUUGUCUGAAAAAUGCACCAAGAGAAGGAUUCUGUAGAGUCUAUGUGUGUGUGCUCAAGUGUGUGUACGAUAAGUUGUUCCUCACCUGGAACUGCAGUGAAUAAUGUUGAGUGUCAGAAAUACUGUGACACACAAAAGUCUGUCACUUUCACUUGACAUCUUGGUACUAGAAUCCAAAACCAAGUUCUCAAACGACAACUUUUUCCUCCAUAACAAACUUUUAAUCUCAACUCCUUGACCAGUUUUUUCUUGAGCGUUCGUCAGAUUGAUUACACAUUUUGUCUGCUUCUGUCAGUUGCAGGAAAAACUCUGACUUUCAUGGAUGGUUUACAGAACCACAUCCAUGCAAAAGGACAUACAUUCAAGCUUGGUGAUGAAAAGGUAAACUUAAACGGUUUUGCCUUCGUAUGAUCCUUGGCUGAUAAGGAUGGGAACUGAAGUGAUUUUGUUUUUUAUGUUUCAACUGAUAUAUGAAGAAAAAAGACACAAAUUUAAUGACUUUUGGCUAAACUUGAUCAAAGCAAAAGACUUGGGACUUUAUUUGGAUUUGACCUUUUUGAUAUUUCUUCAAUGAACUAUUAACGUCGAACAUUUCCAGCCACCUUUCACAAUUACCCAGCCUCCCUGUAACAACACAACAUCCAACAAAGUUGCCGAAGAUAAGCAUGAAAAAAUUUGGAGAAAGAAAUGUUUCCAGAAAUGAGGUGGUGAAAAAGGAGCAAUGUCAAGUGUGCAAGGCUGGACGGAAAGCCAACCAUGGCAAUCAAGGUUUGGGACUAACAUUAAUCAAACGCUAUCUUAACAAAAAAGCUUUUUUUUUGUUGUUUUUUUUUGCUUGCUACUUACAUCAUAGAGACAGAAAAGUCAUUUUGUUUACAGGAGUUGACAUGUUGGCUGAUCUCAUUGAUUAAUCUGAAAAAAACACACACAUUUACACCCAGUAUAAUAAUAAUACUUUCACUUGUUUUGUCUAAUGAACAGUCCAAGUCUCAAAACUGUUAAGAUAAAUAAGACUCUUACAGCACAAAUAAACUCCUAACUCUUGUCUAUA